GCCGGGCGGGCCGUGGCUCUCCGCAGGCCGCAGCCAUGAGCGGCGCUGCCGGCGACAGCGGUUCGUCCGCUUCUGUCCUGGCCGAGCUGGACUGGGACGACGGGUUCGCCAUCCCCGUGGCCAGCGUCGAGAACCAGGCGCUGGAGGACGAACUGCAGAAGAUGCAGAAGGAAAAGGCCAACCUACAGAAUCAGCUGACCGACUUGGAGGAGCGCAGCGAAGCAAUGACCUCGCAUUUGAAAAACGUCAGGCAGGAGUUCAGCUUCACCCAGUCACUUUACAGAGCCAGAGAGAAUGAAAUUGAAACUGAAAAGCACUUUAAAUCCGUUGCUGAGAGAGAACUUGGACGUCUCAAAAGUGAGAUUCAACGGCUGGAAAAUGAGAUGAUUUCCUUAAGAGAAAAGAAAAAUAAUCAAGAAAAUAACAUUUUCAAAACCACUCAAAAGUUGGAAGCCUUAAGAUGCCAGAUGAACUGGGAUCAUCAAGCUUUAGAGGCUUGGUUAGAGGAAUCAGCUCGUAAAGACAAUGAUGCAGUCACCAUCCAGAAGUAUGCCCAACAAGAUGAUGGGAAAUUAAGGGUGCUGACUCUACAGAUAGAAAAGUUGACCAUGGAAGCUAAUCAGAAACGCAAAAAUCUUGAUAACGAGCUUACAGAAACCUUAACUGCUCAGAUUGAGCUGGACAAGAUAGCUGAAGAUUUUCGCAGAGUUCACCAUGAAAGGCAAGAACUUAUCAGACAGUGGGAAAGUACGAUAGAGCAGAUGCAGAAAAGAGAUCAAGAGAUAGAUCACUUUGCUUUGUUAUUAGCAGAGACAAGACAGGAUAUCCGAAAGAAAGAAGACGCGAUUAAAGAGAAGAUCCGUUUUUUGGCAAAUGAGACAGGAAAUAAUAUGGAGUAUGAAAAGAAAAUUGCUAGUACUGAUCGGCAAGCUGCCAAGCUCCGGAUGGAGUACCAAAAUCAAGAUGCUAAUCGAGUUCAGCUCCAGGAUGAGCUGGAUACUUUAAAAACCACAGUGGACAGGACUGCUUCUGAUUUAGAAUCUAUGAGAACACGAGUAACCAAUCUGAAAAAAGAAAUUCAAGAAAAAAACAUCAGGCUAAGCCUUCUUAAAGAUCAGAAUAUGAAUCUUUCAAAUAAACUGAAGUUUGUGACUGAGAAGACACUGAGCUUAGAAGAAAAAGCUUUUAGGAUGGAAGAAAUUCUGAAAGAAGAAGAGAGAAAUGUGAAGGAAAAAGAAACUCAAAUGAGCCAGUUGAAAGAACUGCAUUUCAAGAAAACUCAGGAGUUACAGGUACAGCAGGAGAAGGAGAAGUGUCUUAUAGCAGAAAUUGAGGGAAGCCAAGCAUCACUUAAAAACCUCAACAGUCGGUUACGCAAACUUGACGCGGAUGCAUUAAAGCAACAAGAAAUAACUUAUAAUCAGGAUUUUUAUAUUCAGCAAGUGGAGCGACGAUUGUCACGGCUAAAAGGGGAGGUUAAUACAGAUGAAAGACAAGUGCUAGAAGCAAAAGUUGCUGAACUUAAAAAAACACUAGAAGAAAAGAAAAAUGCAUAUAAUCUUCUACACGCGCAGCACAAGAAGGUUCAGAGUGACAUCCAUUUUAUGAAGAGGGCAAUGGAUAAGACAGGAAAAGAAAUGAGCGGUGUGAUGGCUAGGAUAGAUGAACUAAACCUGUUCAAUGACAAAUCAGAUAAAGAAUUUAAAAAAGCUAAAGCUGUCAAGCAGGAUUUGAUGGUUGAAGAUAAUCUUCUGAAAUUGGAAUUGAAACGUCUUCGCGAUACACUGUACAAUAAGGCAGAGCAAGUUCUCUCACUGGAAAAACGAAAAUUACAAUUAAACACAGCCAUGGCUGAAAGAACUGAAGAAAUUAAAGUUCAUAAGGCAAUGCUUGAAUCUCAGUUAAGAUUCGUGGAUCAGGAGCGGCAACAUGUAAGUGCUGAAUUUCAAGAACGUCUAAGUAAAAUUGAUAAACUGAGACGCAGAUAUGAAAUUUUGACAAUUGUCAUGAUGCCUCCUGAAGGAGAAGAGGAGAAAACUCAGACCUACUAUGUCAUUAAGGCUGCCCAGGAUAAGGAGGACCUUCAACGGGAAGGUGAUGAUUUGGAUGCAAAGAUCCGCAAAGCUGAAAAGGAAGUUGUAGCACUGGAAAAUACCCUGCGUGUGCUUAAUAACUGCAACAGCAAUUACCGAAACUCUUUUAAAAAAGUCACAGAGACAAGUGAGGAGUAUGAAGAGAAGCUGCAGUUGGAAGAAGAGAAAAGAGCAGCUGAUGAAAAACUCAGAUACAAACGAAGACGGACCAAGGAGCUUCAGGAGGACGUUCAGAGUAUGGAAAAUACUUUGGCCAUCAUGCUAAAACAGGAGGCUGCCUACCAAGAAGAGAGAGAGGAGAAACAAGCUUAUGUUUUGCAGCUUAACAAAGUCACAAAUGAGCAGAAGCCAAAAUUAGAAAGGAUCAUGAAACAGUGUUCCAGAUUAUCCAGAGAAGUUCGAUCUUCAAAGAAAACUAAAACAGAAACACAGGAAGAAAAAGACAUUGAUCUCCGUGAACUGAAAGAUUUUAACAGAACCAUUGACAAGUUGUUGGUGGAUGUUCUUGAAGCAAAUCCUGACUUAAUUACACCCUUUGAAGCAUACUUUCAACAGUCUGGUUUAGAACUUCCUACAGCUGCUUCCAGUGGUAGUAGUCACAGUUCUCGAUCAUCCUCUUCUCAGAGUUCAGUGGCCUCUGUCAGAUCAUCCAGGAGCAACAAAGGCUCAGCUUCUGGUCAAGUAUCAUUACCUAAAGUUGUAGAUUUGAGCUUGUCAAUCAGUCCUCCUGCUUCAGCUGCUGGUGCUAGUUCACGGCCCUCUAGUGCAGCUAGCAGCUCAAGUAACCUUUGCAGCAGAAAAAACCUGAAAUAAUUUGAAUUUUAUUGUGGAGUGUUCACAUCCCACUAGCAGUGCUUCUACAUUAUUUUAAUAAUUAUUUAAUGCUCUCUUCCUUAUUUAUCAAGAUCUUCUAACAUAGAAAUGUUUACUGUAUUAAGAUAUGCUUUUCAACUUAGUUGCUAGUAAAGGUUCAUGCUAAACCACCUGAAGCAGUGAGUUACAAAUUAACAAAUACAACAUUAAAUGAAACCGUCUCUAA